CACCGCCACACCGCUUUUCCCGUCUCCUUGCAUCAUCACCACACUCGCAAGAAACUGCAAACAAAUAUACUCCCACCUACCCAGUCAAGUUGGCAGAACAUGUCGAAUUCAAUUAUGUCGAAUCUUAUAAAACAACAAUCUAGUCCUUGCCCCACCAACGGUCACCGUCAAGCCGUUGGAGAUGGGGCUUUCUCUACCGACAUUGCUCCGAGUGUUCUUGCCGUGUGCCACGUCCAGGGCACCGACGACGACUUGUAUUAUUACUCUACUACGUUCUCUGGCGGACCUGGAGUAAGUUUUUUUUACGUCUCAUCUCAGGUGUAUGUUCUCAUUGUGUCACACAGUGGCGGUUUUGACAUCACGAAAGAAAAAUGCCCUCCUGAUCGAGGGUCGUCAGACUGGGUGACAGACAGUCUGGUGCCUAUGAUUCCAUCUUUUUCUCAGUCUCUGCCUUCUACUCAAACAAAUAUAACCAACCACACAACUGCUGCAGUCUUUCCCUCUGCUGCUACGCCGAGAAAGAUUCCUGGAAAACCGCAAUCGUAUGAUCUUCCAACCCCGCCUUUGACCCCCGAUGACGGUGACGACGACGAUGAUGCACUGGACCUUCUCUUGAACAUAUUCCCUCAUAACGGUGUGAGCUUGUUACCCUUUGCUAAGAGUAUCGUCGUGUCUGCGCCGAAUAUGGGGGCCUUUUUCGACGGCGUCGUUCUCGAGUUUCCCGGAAAAUCGAAGACGUUGUACGUCGAUGGUAAGAAUGCUCCUGCUGUCAGUCUCCGCGAAAGCGUCGUUGCCCUGCUCGACCUCGCUGACGAACAACUACAAUGCUCUGCACUUGUAAUCGUUCUCGACAAGUCGUCUAGUGGAAUCAGCGAACUUUUACACUCACUCAUGUACGUCGGAGGAAGCGUUGUUACUAAACCACCCUUCCAGGUUAAUCCGGCGUACGUCCUCAUGGGUUUGGAGAUCCAGUAGAGGGAGGUUGUGUGGAUAUGAGACAUUCAAUUUCUUCCGUUGUGUAUUUCCGUUUACAUUUAUGCAUGAAAGUUAACCCUCCAAUCGGAUAUUUGAAAAGAGGGCUUGAAUUUU